AUGGAAGAAGAGCGAAGGGAUCUUAUCGACGAAGAAGUAGAUGGAUCAUCCCAAAGUCUUGAUAUAGGAAAGGGUGUAGAUGCUCAAUCAGAAAUCGACAAUCACCCAACACAACCAAGCACGGAGAUUUUGAACCCCGAAGAUCCAGCAACCAAGGUUGAACACGUCACUCAAAUGCUUCCAAGCGAGGAGAACAAUGUGCACUCGUCACCUCAAUUGCAGGGUUCUGAUAUGGAAAAUAGUCCCGUGAAGGAAAUAAAUUCCGAGUCAGCGAAAGAGCGUGAAGGCAACAAUCAUGCAUUAGAUAACGAAGAUACACAACUGAAUGAAUCAAAAGAACCUAGCGCAACCGACCAGACUAAACAAACCGGUGAAGUCCCUGAUUUAGAAGAAGGCACAAAGCUGGCUAUUUCUGUACACCCUAAUCCCGCCGAAGAGCUGGUUCAAAUCGAACAGAGUCCGAACAAAGAGCCAGAAGAUUUAGACACGGUAAAAGAAGGAGACGAAUCAAAGCAACAAACACCUAUUGAACCUGACCCAAAACCAGAAAAGCCGCAGAGAAGAAAGAGACUCACUUUACAAGAAAGAUUGGCACAAGCAGCCAAAGGUAAAGCGAAAAAGACAACAGCUGAUGCAACCGAAUCUCCCAAGUCCUCACCACCUCCCAGGACUAUAUCUCUGCCACCAGCUACUCCCCCGGUACAAACAAAAGUAUUCGAGCCAGAAAAUGUAAUGCAAGAAAAGACAACUGCUGAGCCAGAAGUCUCUCAAGUUGAACUAAUCGAUAGGCUAAGAGAAGAGAUAAAAGAAUUACAGCAGAAAAAUGCCAUGCUUUCCGAUCAAGCUAGAUUCUACGGUCUGAGUCCGAAAUUAUCAUCUCAAUUUAAUAGAUCACCCCAGACCAAUACGCGUGAAAAAGAGCUCACUGAAUUGACGGCUAAGCUCGAAGAGAAAGAUGCCACAAUUAAACAAUUGUUAGAAGAAGGAGAAACACUCUCACAUAAAGAAUUGAAAUUGAAUGAAACUAUAAAGAAGUUGCGUACAACGAAUCAAGAAUUAGAAGCAAAUCUCCAAGAUUUCUUAACCAAAAAUGAAGAGUCCACAUUAAAAUUACAAGAAUUGGAAGAUUUCUUGAGAGUCCACAAAUACAAGUCCUUGGAUCAAGUGUUGACACAAUUCACUGAGACCAACACAGAGUUAGCCAAUGUCAAAGCUGAAUUAGAGACGGAAAGAUCACAGCAAUGGGAAGGUAAAUACAAGGAAUUAUUGCAACUUCACCAAGAAGAGAUUAAUGCUAAGAAAGCUGCAUUGAAAGAAUCAAACGAUUUAAAGAUUCAGCUUGAUAUGUGCAAACGACAACAAUCGUUGGAGUUAGAGUCUAAGCAGAAUGUAAUCAGUGAUUUGAGACAUGAGCUAUCACAAUCCAAGCAUACUUACUCUCAAGAAAUCAGUCGAUUAGAAGAUAAGAUUGAAAGCUUGCGUUUGGAGCAAGAAUCAAGUGAAACAAGUUCGGCACUUAUUUCAAAUUCUAACGGAAACAAAGAAGCCUCCGAGGACAUAUCUUCUAAAAAUAGAAUAGACUUUGAUGAGUUUAGUAAGUUGUCGGAUGCUCAUCAUAACCUUCAAAAGCAAUACUUAUCAUCACAAGAGAAUUGGAAAUUAAUAGAGUCCAAUUUGCUUCACAAAAUUGAUUCUUUGACAUCCACAAUCGAAUCUCUUAAGAAGACCAAGAAUAAGCUUGCUCAAGAUUUUGCGAAAGUCAAUAAUACCUUGAUUAGCCAAUCUGGGGACUUCAAGAAGCUCGAGGAGCAACAUAGAUCACUUAAAGAAGAAAAAGAGAAACUGAUGCUAUUACUUCAAGAGAAAGACAGCGAGCUUGCAGAGAUCCGCGAGAAGUUCGAGAAAUUCAAACAAAUAUCGAAUCAAGACAGAUCGAAUUUGAACACAAGAAUCCAAUCCUUAAAUGAAACGAUAGAUAGAUUGAACCAACAAGUUAAGAAGAAGGAUAAUGGGUUGCGUUUAGAUCUCGAACCUCCUUCAAGAAAACGCGAUUUCUCCAGUGGCAGCUUGUCAGCUACAAGUUGGAAUGAUAUACGAUUUGGUGAAUCCUCAUUAACCCCAGCGAUUAAUAGAGACUUUUCUGGUAUAUAUUAUGACAAUAGCAGGAACCAGUCGCUGUCAUCCGUUACUGAAAUGGGUGAUGACAGUUACGAUAUGCAUGAGCAAAUGAAUUUUGCCAGUCUAACGCCUAUGGUAUCUCAGAUUGGAGCUGGUGGGAGUAUUGGUGGUAUUCCGUCUUCUUCCUCGCAAGGCAAUAAUAUCCAGCUAGUUAAUAAGAUGAGCUCCAACAUCAGGCGAUUAGAGAUUGAAUUGAAUACACUAAAAGAUGAGUACAAUAGAUUAUUAACAGAGAAGGAAGCGACUGAAGCAGAAUUAUUAGAAACUAUCAAAUUAAAUGAUGAGAUUGUACGAUUACAAUCAAAAAUCAAUACUUUGGAAAUGGAGAUUGUUGAGAAGAACAAGAAAGAACAAACUAUGCUUGAAUUAAUUGGAGAAAAGUCGGAGCAAGUUGAAGAAUUGAAGGCAGAUGUUUAUGACUUGAAGGAGGUUUGUAAACUUCAAGUCCAACAAAUGCUUGAAUUUCAAGGUGUAUAG